AUGACAAAUAAUUUUGACACGACAAACCGUUCGGAUUUUACGUGGCCUUUUCUGGCGGAGAGACAGCGGAUUUUUGAUUGGGAUCGAUACGAAUUUAAAGCCGAAGCGGAACAUCCACAUUUUCCGGUACCACAGACAUUUUGUAACGUAGAGACACUCAAGACGAUACCGUACUCACAAAGGUUGCCUUUCGAUUUCGAUUGCCACCCGAAACCCAUUUUGAGUAGCCAGAAACCUAUCAGUCACUACCCCUCCGAGAAAGUGAUUGAGUACGAUAAAGAUAGAGCAGAUGCAAGAUCGAAUAUCCUGAGGACGAGACCCAGAGUUUUCAAGUGUCCUCAAAUCAGUCUCGAUGAUGUAUCGGCCGACAGGCGGGACAUGGUGUGCACCUUCGUGUACAGCACUUCAAAAACAAUGAGUGAACUAACUUCUGGCGUGCCGGAGGGUCGUCCGAUUCCCGUCGACRAACCAUCAAAACCAUUCACGGACCCGGGGAAAUUCCAAAAACAGCCAUUAUACAAGACCAUAAAUCCUGCAAAAAAUUGGCGACGUGUCAGCAUUGAAUGGGAUGAAACGCAGAGACGCAUUUUCGGUGGCCGGUCUAUAAACUGA